AUGGCAGAGCAGGCUCCUUGUUCAGCCUUGAAAGAUGCGUCCUGCGGGGACUACUUACACAGAGGGUUUCCCUCACCCGAAGCUAGGCCUGAUCACGUUGAAAACAUGAUACAACUCUAUCCUGACUUAAGUAUCAACAAACUUAACCAAGCCAUGGAAUUAGGCGACCGCCUGUUUCCUCCGAGCUUAAAUCAGUUGGAAGCUCGUGUCAAGCACUUACAAGCUGAAGGACUUUGGAACCUUUCGGAGCUUGGGAUCCUGGCAAGUCUACCUGCACGGCAAAAAAUAGUCGAAAUAUUUAAAUAUGUUAAGACAUCGGGCCUACCUAAUGCAGGGAAUUAUAUGAGGAUCCGACUUGCCAAGGUUCAAUUCACCACGCAUGUUCUCAACUGCAUCGAGGCAUCUAUUAGAAACCCUCGCGAUCGACAGCAUCCGGCCCCUAGAAAAUCGCUUGUUCGCGAUGCCAUCUUUCGAUACCAGCAGGGUCACUCACAUCUCCUGUCUUACAACACCAAUUGGCUCAUGUUGAUCUGUCUCAAACUGGGCAGAGAGACCGCAAAAUUUACAGAGACACAGAUGAGAGCUCUGGUAUCUUAUGUUUCGGCAACUAGACCAUAUAUCAUCAGUUUCGGCAGCAAGUUGAAAACCGCUGUCAAGCAUUUUCUGACCUAUCAUCAGCUGCCUGCGAGACCAACAGUUGACGAGAUUAGAAGCAUGAUAGGAAUCCAAGCUUCAACCACAGCGAGCGUAGAUCAGCAUAUGGACGACGUCACUGGUAAUUACGCGAUAUUCUCAAGCAGAAGCUAA